AGUGAAUCAGUUUGUGUGAGAUAUUUCAUUGCUGAGAUUCAUCAGUGCUGAGCUAACAAGAGGUUACUUCCUCGAACACAAUGAAGCAAAAUACACAGAGCGGAGAGAGAGAGUAUACACAUGCCUGCGGAUACCAAAAGAACUGGAAAAGUUGAUGUUUUUUGGAAUCUUCUCAUGCCUGGAUGCUUUUCUGUAUGUAUUCACCCUGCUUCCUCUGAGAGUUUUUCUGGCAAUGUUCCGGUUCAUCACUUUGCCUUGCUAUGGCUUACGACCGAAGGGAAGAGCACUUUCACUUCCUUUAUAGGAUGGAAUGUGGUGUCACAGGGAUUCCUCCUUGACAGCUGUCAUCGGGGCAUAACAGCAAGUGAUAGACGUUUGCUACAACCUGCUCAGGUAUGUGACGUUCUCAAAGGAGUUAUAUUGGUCAUCUGCUACUUCAUGAUGCACUAUGUUGACUACUCUAUGAUGUAUCAUCUGAUAAGGGGACAGUCUGUCAUAAAGCUCUACAUCAUCUAUAAUAUGCUUGAGGUGGCUGAUCGUCUGUUGUCUUCAUUUGGACAAGAUAUUUUGGAUGCUCUUUAUUGGACAGCUACAGAACCUAAGGAAAGAAAAAGAGCUCACAUAGGUGUGAUUCCACACUUCUUCAUGGCAGUGCUCUAUGUCUUCGCGCAUGCUAUUUUUAUAAUGGUUCAAGCAACAACCCUUAAUGUGGCCUUCAACUCCCACAAUAAAUCACUGCUUACCAUCAUGAUGUCCAAUAAUUUUGUUGAAAUAAAAGGAAGUGUUUUCAAGAAGUUUGAGAAGAACAACCUUUUUCAAAUGUCAAAUAGCGAUAUAAAGGAGAGGUUCACCAAUUACGUGCUGCUACUAAUUGUGUGUCUAAGAAAUAUGGAACAGUUCUCAUGGAAUCCAGAUCAUCUUUGGGUGUUGUUCCCAGAUGUUUGUAUGGUGGUUGCUUCAGAAAUUGUGGUGGAUAUUGUGAAACAUGCCUUUAUAACAAAAUUCAAUGACAUCACAGCAGAUGUCUACAGUGAAUACAGAGCCAGUCUUGCAUUUGACCUUGUUAGCAGUCGACAGAAAAAUGCAUAUACAGAUUAUAGUGAUUCAGUUUCCAGAAGAAUGGGUUUCAUUCCUCUUCCACUGGCUGUUUUACUCAUCAGAGUUGUAACAAGCUCAAUAAAAGUACAAGGAGUCUUGGCUUAUGUUUGUGUUGUGCUGUUUUACUGUGGGUUAAUGUCUCUAAAAGUCCUUAACAGUAUUGUGUUGCUGGGGAAAUCAUGUCAAUAUGUAAAGGAGGCAAAAAUGGAGGAGAAAUUAUUCAAUCCUGUCCUGACUGCCACCCCAGGGAAGCCAGCUGGCAAACAGCAAAGCAUGUUUAAAUCUACUCAAGGAAUUUCCACAGAUGAAAAUGGAUCUACAUCAGUUACCAGUCAACCUGUGCAUCAGAAGGAGAAUACACCAUCUUUACUUGUAACAAGCAAUUCUGAUCAAUUUCUGACAACUCCUGAUGGAGAAGAAAAAGAUAUAAGCCAAGACAGUUCAGAAUUAAAACACAGGUCUUCAAAGAAAGACUUGUUGGAGAUAGACAGGUUUACUAUUUGUGGAAACAGAAUUGACUAAGAUUUUUUUUUUUUUUUUAUUGAUGUGCUAAGGAUACUGAGCUGUUGGGACAGCAGAUGCUACCAGAAUGGACAGUUGCUAAAAAAGGCACAUAAAUAUUUAUUUAAAAACUUAAAUUAUUAAUGGCAAAAAAUAUUAAUUUCUUUCUACAAGUAACUUGGCUUGGUAUCUGGUCAGGUCAAGUGAGAGAUCUUUAACUUGCCUCUUGGAAAAUGUGGUGGAUCAUGAGUCUCUAGCCUGGUGGCAGAGCUGCAAUAUCACUUUUCUGGAAAAUAGACUGGAAAAAAGCGUAAUCCUGUUCUGCGUUAUGAAACCGUGCUUCCAGAACAUACUACUUUUCAUGAAGGUUCCUCCAGUAUAAGGAUAUUCCUGGAAAUGUAUGACAACUUGACCGGAAGCUUGCCUUUCCAGUUACCUUGUUUUAAUAAACAUCUACAGCAGAAUUCAAAACUUGUGCUUAUAUCAACAAAUGCAUAAAGCAUUGGUACAUAAAACAGUAAGUCAAGAUAGUUAUUCUCGUCAACAAAAAUAUUUUCAAGAUGUAUCUUGAAAAUCUUGUAAUCAGAAUAAAAUUUUUCCUUUAAAUGAAAGAUAUACUGCAUACUAUUUUAUCUAAAUACUAAACACCAAGGAGAGAUCACAGUAAUGCAGGUUCUGCUUAACUGGGCAAAUAUGAAGCAUAUUCAUUUCUUGUGUUGUGUGUCCUGCAAGGCAAAUUAUUUAUGAAAUUAUUUUUAAAAGCUGAGGAUUUUUUGUUGCUGUAGGGGAAAAUAAUAAAGGGGCACUUCUAUAUGUUGAGGAAAGGCAGUGUUAAUUGCAGCAAGCAAGUGUUGUGUUGGAACUGUAUGUAUAGCAUUAACGCAGCAGAAAAGACUACUACACUGCAUUUUGAGUUUAACUGAUCAGAAUGACAUCUGUUAACUUGCCUGAGAACAUGUCUGUAAAAGCUCAUACUGAUGAUCAAACCAGAAUUCUCCAUUUUAGUUGAUUGAUUUUAGCCAAACUUAAGUAGAAGGACUAGAUCUAUAAAGAGCAAUUACAAUGCAUCCUAAUUUCUGGUGUGAGAUACAGUUGUGGGAGAACUGAUCAAAGAUGGUUUGGAAUCCUCAGACCAAGAAUGGAAUAAAUUUGAGCUCAAAACUUAGGCUGGAGUCUUGUAUCAGAAGAGACUCUUCAGUUAAUGAUAAAUUCUUCAUAUAUUGUUGUUGAAACACAGCAUAUUUAAGUAAGCACCAGUUUCACUUUCCAAGGGAAGGUAUCAUAAAGCUACUUCAGUGCUUAAAAAGUGAAGACAAAAUUUGCUUUUAGCUAAUUUCAUAAUUUGUCACAGUGUGAGCCAAAGGUUAUUUGCUUUAUGAACACCUGAAAGUUUAAUGUGUGUGCUAACCCCUGAAACUUGCAGGACUACAGUGAUAUAGCAGAUGGAGACAGUUGGACAGUUACGUAUCUGAGCAGACUUGGUAAUGAGCUAACUUUGCUGUACAGGUUAACGUGGUCUGCUCUGUUGGGAACUUACUGCUGCCUUUCCUCUCCCAUCAAAAGUAGCUGGAGUAACGGCCAAAAUCUGUGGUUACUGUUGUUCAGGGAUGAAAGUAAAAAAAAAAAAAAAAAAGUAAUUGUGCUGGGAAAAAAAACCCUUAAAUUCUUUAAUAUUUAAUGUAUUUUAUAUUAAUUGGAGAUGUUCACACAUUGAAAUUCAGAUUAUCUGUCAAUUUGGUGUAUCUUAUUUUUGAAUUAUUUAGCAGUUGCUAAAGAAGGCUUGGAAUUGCUUUCGGGUUUUUUUUCUGUUGAAUGACAUUCUGUAUCAAUUUUAUAAGUGCAUCUUGUGUGAAAAUAAAAUUCAAUUUUGUAAUAUUUGUU